CGCCGGGAAGCCGAGGGACGGUGCGAGUGCGUCCGCCAAGCCCUGACCUUUCCUUUCGCAUGGAUCGUUAAGGACGAAAGAGAUUUGCAUUACAGAGCUGGCUCCCCUUGUCCUCCCGGUCUGAACACUUCUUUCUGAGACAGGCUCUCCCCUCCAGCCCUGGAUCCUGCCUGUUUGCAGGGCCCCCUGAUCCCACACCUCCCCCCAGCUGCUGCCCCUCCCCCCGCCGGCGCCAUGACCCAGGAGACAUGGGGCUCCGCCCCGCAGGCAGACACACCCUCUCUGGAGCCAGCCCACCCUGUACCCAACGGGGUGGCGCCUCACCUGCCUCGGGAGGAGGAAGAGAGGGUGGAGCCAGGGGCAGAACCAGGGGCAGAGCCAGGGACGGAGGGUAGGUGUACAGGGGCGGAGGAGGAGGUGGUGGAGGAGCUCGAGAUCGGGAUGGGGAUGGGAUCAGACACAGGCCGGACGCUGCAGCCGAACGGUGAGCUGCUCGGACGUGCAGAGGACCCGAGGAACAGCUGCAGUGACCCAAGCCUGGGACUGGACCAGGGUGUGGAGCUCAUGAAUGGGGAGACUCGACAUGCCCAGGACAUGGAAGGAGGCACGCAAGACCAGCAGGUCAACAAGAGAGCUGCUGAAUGGAGGGAGGAAGAGGAGGAUGAAGAGGACGAGGAAGGUGACAGGGUGACAGAGGCGAGGGACACAAACCAGGACAGUUUCAGCUCCACAUUUGAGCGGCUGGUGGAGGAGGCGGAGGAGGUGGAGGAGGAGGAGGAGGAGGAGAGGGAGGGAGCGAGGGAGAGCCGGGACGGCUUCAGCUCCACGUUCGAGCGCAUCGUGGAGUCAGAGCUGCUCCGGGGGGCAUGCCGCAGCAGCCUGGACUCGCUGGACGGGCUGUCACUCACCGAGACGGACAGCUGCAUCAGCCUGGACGCACCCCUCACCCCGCUCAUCCAGCUGCGGGCGAGGGAGGGCCCGGGGGACCCUGAAACACCGGAGAGAGAGGGGUCGGGAGCCAGGAUGGCCCGCGGGGCAUCGCUCGGGAGACCGCUGCGGUACUCCAUCACCAGCAGCCAAUCAGAGAACAUGCUGAACCGCCCUGCGCUCCGGGGUCUCCCCAACGGCUUCCACACCGACACCCAUCAGCCUCUGGGCUGUCAGAGCAACCGCGCUAACUCUGUCAGGUUAGUGUCCUCUUCCCUCCCUAACUCUGUCAGUGAUGCUGAUCUGACGGACCUCCUUUCGGACUCGGAGUCGGAGCUGGGCAGUUUUGAGCAGCUUGAUCAGGGCAGCACAGACACGUUAGCUAACGGUUGCCAUGCCGACAGCGAUGCCGCCAAGCGCCUGGCCAAGCGACUGUUCCGCCUGGAUGGUUUCAAACGCUGUGACGUGGCCCGCCACCUGGGCAGGAAUAAUGAAUUCAGCCAGCAGGUGGCAGCAGAGUACCUGUGCUACUUUGACUUCACUGGCCUGCCCUUGGACAGGGCCCUCAGAGUUUUCCUGAAAGCCUUUCCCCUCAUGGGAGAGACACAGGAACGAGAGCGGAUUCUCAUCCAUUUCUCCCGAAGGUUCUGCUUCUGCAACCCGGAGUCACCUACCUCAGAGGACGGAAUCCACACGCUGACCUGUGCUCUCAUGCUGCUGAACACGGACCUGCACGGACAUAACAUUGGGAAGAAAAUGUCCUGUCAGCAGUUCAUCGGCAACCUGGAGGGGCUGAAUGAUGGAAAGGACUUCCCAAAGGACUUACUAAAGGUGCUGUACAACUCCAUUAAGAAUGAGAAGCUGGAGUGGGCAGUGGAGGAAGAGGAGCUGAGGAAGUCUCUGUCGGAGCUGGUGGAGGGGCAGUCCGACUCUGGAGGGAAGAGGGUGGCACGGGUGGCGGACGGCAGUAACCCCUUCAUUGCCAUACCGCUGCUGCUCAACGCUGCCACGUACAAGCACGGUGUCCUCACACGGAAAAGCCACGCUGACAUGGACGGCAAGCGCACUCCGAGAGGACGCAGAGGGUGGAAGAAGUUCUACGCUGUUCUGAGGGGGACGAUCCUGUACCUCCAGAAGGAUGAGUAUAAACCCGAUAAGGAUCUGUCGGAGGUGGAUUUGAAGAAUGCUGUGCGCAUUCACCACGCCCUGGCAACCCGAGCCAGCGACUACAGCAAGCGGCCCAACGUGCUGAAGCUCAAGACCUCCGAUUGGAGAGUGUUCCUCCUCCAGGCUCCGAACGAGGCGGAGAUGAUGUCGUGGAUCGUACGGAUUAACCUGGUGGCGGCUCUGUUCUCCGCCCCGGCUUUUCCCGCUGCCAUCAGCUCCAUGAGGAAGUUCUGCAGACCCCUGCUGCCCUCUGCGUCCACCAGACUGACCCAGGAGGACCAGCUGCGAUCUCACGAGAGCAAGCUGAAGCAGAUCUCCGUGGAGGUGGAGGAACACGCCAGGAACCCCCCGGAUCUCUCUCUGAAGGGCAAGGAGAUGGAGGAGUACCGGCUGAAGGCGCACUAUCUCACCUUCGAAAGGAACCGCUACGAGACGUACGUCACACUGCUGAGGGCCAAGCUACAGGCGGACACCGACGAGUUGGAUGAGAUCGAGGCCCGCCUGCUGUGCGGAGACGGGGGCGCAGGGUACCUCCGAAAGACCCAGUCCAGCCCCUCCAUCAGCCAGGGUCCCGGGCUCAACGGGCACACAGAGGCCACACGGGGACACACCCCCGGUCCUGCCCUCUGAUCUCUGACCUCUGACCU